CCAAACGUCUGAGCUUAAAUUCCAUGACAAUUUCUGAAAUUUAAAAAUGUAAAAUUGGUUGGUUAUUACAAACAUGCUUAACUUGCCUCGCCUUGUAUCAAUUAUCCCCUUUGGCUAUGAAGUUUUAAUAUAUCCGUAUCUGGCGCCAACAACAAGUCCAUCAAUGGCAAUAAUGGCGUCAUUUAUUCUGCUUGAUAAGGCCAUGGGCAUGGCAUCCUCAGCAGCAUUACUUAAUUUUCCAGGGGCACGCGCUUUAAAAUCUUCUUCUUCUUCAAUUUUCCUCUCGCCCAAACCAGCAAAGAAACCACCAGUCUUUUCUCUCUUUCUAAGAACAAAAACCACCACCACUAGAGUAGUAGCUUCAAUGUCUUACGAAAAGGAGUUGGCCGCAGCCAAGAAAGCAGUCACUAUUGCCUCCCGAUUCUGCCAGAAGGUGCAAAAAGUACUUCUACAAUCAGACGUUCAAUCAAAGUCAGAUAAAAGUCCAGUUACAGUGGCAGAUUAUGGUUCACAGGCAUUGGUCAGCUAUAUUCUGGAAAAGGAACUUCCUUCUGAAUCCUUUUCUUUGGUUGCGGAGGAGGAUUCUGGAGAUCUCCGUAAUGAUGGUUCACAAGAAGUGCUUCAACGCAUAAGAGAACUUAUGAAUGAUACUCUAGCGAGUGAUGGAGAAAACAAGGUUUUGUCCGCAGAAGAUGUUCUUACUGCCAUUGAUAGUGGAAAGUCUGAAGGAGGUCCCCUUGGGCGGCAUUGGGUUUUGGAUCCUAUAGAUGGCACUAAAGGGUUCGUAAGAGGAGAUCAAUAUGCAAUAGCAUUAGCAUUGUUAGAUGAAGGAAAGGUUGUUUUGGGUGUCCUAGGUUGUCCGAAUCUUCCCCUAGCAUCAAUAGCCAACACUGAUCAAUCUUCUUCACAAAACCAAGUUGGCUGUCUUUUCUAUGCUACCAUUGGUUCUGGAACUUACAUGCAGUCCUUGGAUGGGUCUUCACACAAAAAGGUGCAUGUGAGUGCCAUUGAAAACCCUGCAGAAGCAUCAUUCUUUGAAUCAUUUGAAGCAGCACAUACAACAUUCAGUCUGUCUGGCUCGAUAGCUACGAAACUAGGUGUGAAAGCACCACCAGUCAGAAUUGAUAGUCAAGCAAAAUAUGGGGCAUUAUCCAGAGGAGAUGGAGCUAUAUAUUUACGUUUCCCCCACAAGGGCUACCGAGAAAAAAUUUGGGAUCACGCGGCUGGCUGCAUUGUGGUGACAGAAGCCGGCGCUGUGGUAUCAGAUGCUGCGGGGAAACCAUUGGAUUUCUCAAAGGGUAAAUAUUUGGAUCUUGACACGGGUAUAAUAGUCACCAACCAGAAGCUGAUGCCGUUGCUCUUGAAAGCUGUUCAAGAUUCUUUACGUGAGGCGUCAUCACCUCCAACAGGUCCAUCCUUGUGAUUCAUCUCCACUCUCUUUUCUGACAAAAAUGGGUGAACGACCCCAUAUGUUGUCUUUCAGUUCCAGUGUAAAACAAUAAAAGAAACAACUAAAGCUUAAUUUGAACAUUUUUCUAAGAUUAUGCAAUGCAAUGUUCAAUUAAGAUUCUUCCUGCCAGCUUUGUCAUGGGUUUAUGCAAAAUUGUGCCCAGAAUGAGUAAAAAGAUAUGUUGGAUGUUUU